AUGGCUACCACAAAAGUCCUGCUUCUCGGAGGGCACGGCAAAGUCGCCCUUCAUCUCACCCCCUUACUUCUCUCAAAAUCAUGGAAUGUGACCUCAGUUGUCCGUAACCCUGAUCACGAAUCCGAGAUCCUCAAGCUUGGUGAGGACAAACCUGGCAAGGUUAACGUCCUUGUAGAAAGCCUCGACGAUGUGGACUCUAUCGACAGAGCUAACUCUGUGCUUGACAAAGUGAGCCCUGACAUCGUGGUAUUCUCUGCCGGUGCUGGUGGCAAAGGUGGCCCAGCCCGGACAAAGGCCAUUGACGAGGUCGCAGCGAAGCAUUACAUAUCCGCCUCACUAGCCCGACCUGAAGUCAAGAAGUUUCUUAUGGUCAGCUAUAUUGCUUCUCGUCAUGGACGUCCACCUUGGUGGAACGAUGACGAUCAAGAAGCAGCUAAUCAUGUGAACACCAAGAUUCUUCCUGCUUAUUUUGCCGCGAAAGUCGAAGCAGACGAGCACUUUGCUGCUGCAGCUAAGAAAAGAAAUAAUAGGGACGCAACGUUUCAAGCCAUCAAUCUACGGCCCGGAACUUUGAAGGAUGAUCCUAGUGAUGGAAAGGUUGCCCUAGGCAAGACAGGUGCACGGGGUGAUGUGAGCAGAGAGAGUGUUGCGAGAGUAGCAGCAGCAUUGCUUGAGAGAGAUGACACAAGAGGCUGGUAUGAUUUGUUGAACGGCGAUGAGCCAAUCGAUCAAGCUGUUGCACGGCUGGCUAAAGAAGGCUGGGAUGGAAUACAAGGAGAAGAUCUUGAAAGAAUAUACGCCCGGUCGACAUAA